CUGUGUUUAUUUUUAGUUUAUAGCCUCACAUUCAGAAGAUCGUGAAUCAGAAUUGCCCCAUCAAAAAUACACUGCUGACAGCAACAGAUUCUCACUCACAUUAAACCGUAUGAAUGUUUCCACCAAUAGCACAAGAUUCGCCGUUGAAAUAAACUACAUCGUUGACGAGGGUUAUAAGCCCGACAUUACGACGGAAAAAAACUUCGAUGACGAAUAUACGCCUGCUGUUUUUAAAACUGUUUAUGGUAAAGUUGGGGGCAAAUAUGGCAAGGCAUAUUCACAAUGGAAACCUAUUGCAUAUACCAAAGCUGAGCUUGGAAGAAAGUAUCAAACUAAAGCUUUGGAAGGUGGUGUUGAGAAUGUUGUUAAUAGGUCUUGGAAUAUCGGUGAGGUCGCAAUGCAUGAACUCUAUAAAAUAUAUGGUUUGAAUGUGUCGUUUGGUUUAGCUAAGGAUGGAUUUUAUCAGAAGCAUAAAUAUUUGAUAUGGUAAGAGAUAGGUUAUGGUUAUCACCACUACCAUGGUGACAUUAUCUUCUUCAUAAUCAUGAUCAUGAUGGUCCAUCACCAUUGCUACAACCUCUACCAGCACCACCACCAUUACCAGCACCACUAUCUUCUUUAGGGGCGGACCAUUAAAAAAGUGAUGGGGGGGGGUCCAUUUUCCAACGUGCACGAUUAUUUUUUCAAAAUUUUUUGCAGUGUCGAUUUUUUUUUUAUAAUCCCUUUCUUGAUUUUUUUCCCCAAAAAAUUGUUGGCGAGCAGGGGCUUUCUGGACUAAAAAUUUUUUCAGGACAAAGAAAAAAAAGGGUCAAAAAAUGUUUUCCAGACUAAUAUCACCUUAGUUAGGGUUUGAAACUCAUUUUCCCGGAAAAAACUUCUUAAAACAUGAUUAAAACACUUUUUUGCACCAAUAUCCGCUACAUUUAGGUUUAGAAAAUUUUAUCACACCAUUACUUAUAUAAAAAAAGUUCAAAAUUAUUUUCCUUUUAUUUUCCUUACACUGUACCUCAGAUAGGCCCUGCCAACUUAUAAUUUUCCCUAUUGAAAAGUCUCUGCACGAAUUUUUUUUUUUUGUUUCCCCUGCUCCGAUUUUUAUUUUUGCUUUUGCCCCCCCCCCCCUCCCCAUCACUUUUUCUAAUGGUCCGCCCCUUAUGAAACCAUUACACCCAGCACAAUCAUUUCUUGAAAUACCAUCAUUUGCGUGUCACUUAGCUCAUUACAGGAGUAGUAUUGUUGGUUAUGGUGAUAUUGCUGCAGAAUCAUCAAAACCAUCACACUCACCACCACCAUCAUCCACUAUCACACCCACAUCACCACCAACCACCACCAUUGUCAUCCACUAUAUCACCACCAACCACCAUCAUCUGCUACCACACCCACCAUCAUCAAUACAUCGCCGCCACCACCAAUCACCACCAUUGCCAUUCACUACCACACCCACCAUCAUCAAUACCAUCAUCAAUACCAUCACACCCAUCACCAUUCACCACCACAAUGAUCAACUACCAUCCGUACCACACCAACCACCAGCAACAUUAUCAAUACCAUCACACCAUGCCUGUAGAAAGUAGGAAGUUAUGGAGCGACGCUACCUCCAAGCUCUAAAGGGCUAACUCCAAACCAAAAUAUACACUUGAGUAACUUGUGUAAAUGUGUAAUUCAAGAGUUGAAAUAUGAAUUCUGGAGUUACUGGCUAACUUCAAAAAUGAUUUGGAGCUAUAUAAGUAUACAACUGCAAAAAUCAUUUAGGAGCUAGGCAUCUAAGGCUGGAGUUACUGGCUUACUCCAAUAAUCAUUUAGAGCUACGUAUAACUCCAAAAAUCAUGAAAAAACAAGGUAUUUAAGCCUCGAGUUACUGCCUAACUCCAAAAAGUAUGUGUAUAGCGAGGCGAGUCAGCAUAUAGCCGCUAGGUACAUACAUGUAAGGUUGAAGUUACUUGCUGUGUUGCUAACUCCAAAAAUCAUUUGGAGCUUGUUAUCUAAGCCAGGAGUUACUGACUAACUGGAAUAACUGCAAGAACUCUCAGAAUGCACUUCUAUAUUCCGCUGUAUUAAAUAAGACUGAAAUAUCCAGAAUAUGCGCAUAAACAGGACAUUGACACACUUGGCAUUUUGCUCUCGUUCAGAGGCUAAAUGUUGAUGAUCGUGUGUAUAAGGCGGGCUCUGGGUACGUGAAUGUGGCAUAGUCUAGCUCCAUUUAAAGAUUGGCUACCUCCAAAAAAAUAAAAUCUACAGGUAUGCAUCACACCCAUCACCACCACCACAAUGAUCAACUACCGUCAGUAUCAUUAUCAAUAGGUACCAUCACCACCAACCGCCAUCAUCAACUACCAUACCCACCAUCAACUACCACCAUUGCCAUCCCUUGCACAGUUCACCCCCACUUAUCACCAUUGUAACUCUUUACAGGACUGGUAUUGUUGGCUAUGGUGAGCCAGCGACAGAACCCAUAUCAUUCCUCGUUAUCCUCAUGAUCUCCAUUGGUCUUGGUUUACCCCUGGGGGUCAUUCUUUUUGGAGGAGCUUGCUACCAAAUUCGGAAACGCUGGAAGAAGUCAAAAUUGAACACAUCGUACGGAAUAAUCAAUUAAGGUACACGAUGAUUUAGUGUAGAGUAAAAAUAUUUUUAUACAAUGAAUAAACUUGAAAUAAAUUUUGAGCAAAGUAAUUAUUCAUAUCUGUAGAACAGAUGUGAAAUUUAUACAAUAAACUUGUCGCAAUUACAUGUCAUUGUCACUCUGUCAUUAGUAUAGAAAAUCAUGCGAUGGCGAGUACAAUUAGGGAUUGAUAGUACGACUGAUGUUUGGAAAUGUGCCAAAAUAUAUAAAUUUUGUUGAGGCUAAAGUCGGCGGCUGCAGAUAGGCAAGUAACCUGCAAUAAACAGUAAAAUACUUUCUUUUUAUCUGCUCUACAUACGUAAAAACGCACAAGUUGUAACAAACCUGCAACAGACUUGUGGCAAUGCUGUUCCAACAACUUGUCAACAGGAUGUGUUCGCACUGCUUGUUCCCAGCUCGUUGACAAGUUGUCAAAGGCUUGUUGACAACUUCCUACAAGAUUGUUGAGCUCAACAGACUUGUUCCUAGUUGUCCCAACAAUUUGUUAUCGUCCUUUAAUUCAACAAGUUGUGAGUGACAACCUUGUAGCAAUUUGAUGAAAUAACAGCCUUGUUACAAGCUCGCUACAAGCCUGUUGCGAACACAUCUUGUUGACAAGUUGUGAGAUUUUUAAAUUUAAUGACAGCCCUGCUUAGUAAGUUCCAUUUUACAUCUCUUUCUAUCUUAUGCAUUUCUGCCAAACAGAGGCAACUAGGCUAGUGAAUUGUGAAUUGCAUUCUAAGCAAGCGUUAUUCGUCAAAACCUAAAUAUCCAAGAUUCUUGAAAUGAUGAUAUUAUAAUGCAUCGAAAAAAAUAAACUUUUGUAUAAUUUUAAAAAUCUCGAUUUGUGUUAGAACAAUUUAAUGGAAAAAUAAUUUUAUAACAUAAAAUACUGUUUUUGCGCAAAUAAAUUCUACUUUAAGUUUUUACAUCGAGGUUUUUAGCAUUUAAAAUAAUUAAUAUACAGUAUAUACUUUCAGAUAUAGCUCUUAUAACAGAACAUUCACUGUGACAUUGUCUUCAUAAGUGUAGUUUCACAUAUAAGAAAGUUCCGGAUUCAUAUGGAUAGAACUACACACGUAACAAUGCACAAGUUGUUACAGGUCUGCAAACAAGUUGUUACAAAUCUGUUCACAAGCUGUCGACAAGUUGUGUUCGCACUGCUUGUUCCCAGUUGUUGUAACAAGUUUGGAACAAGCUGUUAACAACUUGUAACGAGCUUUGAUGCCAUUAUCAGACUUGUUACAAGGUUGUUCUAACAAGUCUGAUACAGUCAUGAUAUAACAAGAACGUUACAAGGUUGACGACACAAGGUUGUAACAAUAUUGUGAUGUCACGACUGUAUCGGACUUGUUGGAACAACCUUGCAACAAGUCUGAUAAUAUCAACAAGCUUGUUACAACUGUUGUUCCAAACUUGUUGACAACUUGAGACAAGCAGUGCGAACACAACUUGUUGGCAGACUAGCUUGCAACAAGAUCUUUGCGUGUGUACCCGAAACAUUCGAAACAUCGAAGUUCUCCUUGUAUUUGUCAGGUUGUUUUAUUCUUAUCAAAUCCAAGCUUUCUUAUUAUUGGGACUAGCUACAGGAUACUCUCACAGACCAUUCGAGAUUAUUUCACACAUAUCUAGAUAAAUGUGGCAAACAUACAUUCACAUAUACAAAUUAAUAUCUGGUAGCUUAUUCGUUGUUUUUUUUAUAAGUUAUUUUUUCAGUUCAAAUAGAACUGGUUUAUAUCGAACAAAAAUGAGGCCUGUUUACACUGGCUAUAUUGUUAUAAUUUUUUCCUGCAAACCUGAAAAUUCUCGUGAAAUCACUGAGAUUUAUUUGAUUACUUUGCCAAUCUGUAUUGUUGUGCUUUCCAUCAUUAAACAUCGUUGCAAAGUUUCAUCAAGUGGCCGACAGAAAACCAUCUAAUUAAGAGGAGA